AUGCCAGAAGUUCUGAAUCCAACUUUACUAGAAGAAGCAGAUUUGAAAGAGUACUGUUUUCCUGGUUCAAAUGUCUCUUGUUUGAAGGCUUCUUACCACAUAGCAGCUCAAACAGCAAUAUAUUUUUUCCUGCUGUUUGCAACAACUAUUACCAUUCUAGGGAAUUCUGUGGUCAUCAUCUCCAUUGCUCAUUUUAAACAACUUCACACACCUACAAACAUUUUGGUGAUGUCUCUGGCUCUGGCAGAUUUGAUUCUGGGAGUCAUUGUCAUGCCAUUCAGCAUAAUCAGGUCUGUAGAUGGUUGCUGGUACUUCGGUGAGGACUUCUGCCUUUGGCAUUCUAGUUUUGAUGUUUUCCUCACAACUGCAUCAGUCUACCACUUGAUUUGUAUCGCUGUAGAUCGAUAUCAAGCUGUGUGCUAUCCACUUCAGUACCCUACAAGGAUAACUAUGCCUGUUGCAUGGUUUAUGGUAGCUAUAAGUUGGAUUGCAGCUGCAUUAUAUUCAUUUGGUCUCCUGUUUUCAAAAGCAAAUGUGGAAAAUUUAGAUGAAUAUAUUGCAUCUACAUAUUGUCUGGGAUAUUGUAACAUUUUGUUCAAUGCACUAUGGUCUGUUUUGGAUACAUGUAUAUGCUUCAUGUUGCCUUGUUCUGUUAUGAUUUGUCUGUAUGCUAAAAUAUUUCUCAUUUCAAAAAAACAUGCAAGAAAAGUUGAUGGUGCGAAGAAGGGCAAAAAUGAUAUAACCAAGUUCUCACAAAAGGUGAAACAUGAGAACAAAGCAGCAAAAACUCUUGGUAUUGUUGUAGGUGCAUUUAAUUUAUGCUGGAUGCCAUUUUACAUUAACUCGCUCAUUGAUCCUUAUAUUAACUUUUCUACCCCUUUGGUCCUUUUUGAUAUUUUUGUCUGGUUAGGUUACAUUAAUUCAACUUUAAAUCCCAUCAUAUAUGGCCUUUUCUAUCCAUGGUUCAGGAAAACAUUGUAUCUCAUGGUUACACUAAAAAUAUUUGCUCCAAAUUCUUCUGACAUAAAAGUUUAUGCAGCUUGA